ACAGAAAAUCCCACCACCACCACAGAAAUCCCCACCACCACCACAGAAAAGCCCACCACAACGACAGAAAAUCCCACCACAACCACAGAAAAGCCCACCACAACACCCGUUGACUGCCAUGUUUGUAAAUGGACGGAUUGGAAAAACAAUCACUACCCUGGUGAAGACGGUGAUGAUCGCGAAUCCAUUGAAAAGAUUACUGAUCCAGAUCUGAGCGUUUGUAGUAAACCUCUGGAAAUAGAAUGCAGAGCGACGCAAUACCCGGAUACGCCUUUGAAAGACCUGGAUAAUAAUGUAACAUGCAGCCCGAGCGAUGGACUAAUCUGUCUCGGCAAAAAACAACCCAUACCUCAUAGAUGCAAUGACUAUGAAAUACGAUUGAGAUGUUGCAUCAAUAUGUGUGAAACAACCACAACUCCAUCCUUUACAACGACAAUAUCUACUACAACCACAGAAAUCCCCACCACAACCACAGAAAAGCCCACCACCACCACAGAAAGGCCCACCACCACCACCACCACAGAAAAACCCACCACAACUUCUGCAACCACAGAAAUCCCAACCACCACCACCACCGAAAAGCCCACCACAACCACAGAAAAUCCCACCACCACCACAGAAAAGCCCACCACAACCACAGAAAAGCCCACCACCACUACAGAAAGGCCCACCACAACUGCUGCAACCACAGAAAAUCCCACCACAACCGAAGAAAUCCCCACCACAACCCCAGAAAGGCCCACCACCACCACAGAAAAGCCCACCACCACCACAGAAAAGCCCACCACAACUGCUGCAACCACAGAAAUUCCCACCACCACCACAGAAAAGCCCACAACAACCACAGAAAACCCCACCACAACUGCUGCAACCACAGAAAAUCCCACCACAACCGAAGAAAUCCCCACCACAACCCCAGAAAGGCGCACCACAACCACAGAAAAGCCCACCACCACCAUAGAAAUCCCCACCACCACCACCACAGAAAGGCCCACCACAACCAAUUACUGA